AUGGACGACGACGACAAGAAAUCGUCUCUGCUCAGCGCAUGGAACGGCUUCAAAAUCGAGGUCAGCCCCCUCCACCCUGCCCCCUGCCCCCCGUCGCACACUCACGUCCCUCUCCCGCCGCCCGCACAGCAACGCCGCCAGUUCCCCGACCUCGUCCCCACGUCCGUCGGCACGGGCUACGCCGGGAUCGCCAGCGGCCGCGUGCUCAACGCCAAAGCGCUCACCGCCGCGCACCCCUCCCGCCAGUCCUCCCGCGCCGUCUGGGACCGCGUCGCCCAAGCUGCCUCCUCCGCCUCCUCCUCCUCCCGCCCCCCCGACCGCUUCCCUGUCCUGCAGCCGUCCUCCACGCCCCCGCCCAACAACCCAGGCUUCCGCCAGCCGCACCGCAGCACCGCCUGGUCGGCCUCCGCAUCCGGCCAGCCCGUCCCCGCGCCCGUCCCCGCGCCCUCCUCCGCCCCUUCUUCCUCGGCACCGGUCCCGCGCCCGCCACCCCCGCCGCCGCUCUCGAAGAACCUCUUCCCAGAGCUCCCCGCCGCCGCGCCGAGCCGCGCCAAGGCGGCGGUUGGCGGGCACAACGGGACGCUGCAGAAGAUCCUCGGCAGCUCGGCGCCCGCGACGCCUGCGUGGGGCUCGGGGGGCGCGGGGGCGGGGGCGGGGGCGGGGGCGGGGGCGAGUGCGGGGGCCGAGGCGGGGUGGGGCGCCGCGGAGACGGUUGGGCGGAAGAAGGGCAAGGGGAAGCAGAAGCAGACGCUGUUCACGCUGGGCUCGUUCCCGACUUGA